UGAAUACGAUGCAUCAAUAGUUUAACAAUGUGUCUACCAAGUAAGAUACUUUGGUGUUUCGUGCUUCUGCUUGUUGCUUCAUCCUCAGAGUCUUGGGAAAAUUCUACGAAUGGUGAUGAGCAGAACGACAGUUCGACGGUGCGGAAUGAUCUUUUCGUAAGCUCUAUGAAAUAUCAAAACGACGAGAUCAAGUCAACACGGUGUAAUUCACUUGAACGUUCUAUCAAGAAUGACGACGAAAUGCAAUAUGAGCCUCAUAUUAAUUCUACAAAGAACGAAGGAGAAGAUGAUAAUUCGAAACGAAAUGGGUCUCGCGGACAUAUCAUGGAUUGCGAAGAAAGUAAUCAGAUUUUUAUGGAGUCCGCCGCGAAUUCUACAGAAAUCAAUGAUUCCAUGGCACAAGAAGUUAAGAAUCACUCCAAAAUCGAAAGCAAAAGCAAUUCUACAUCGUACGAACACGGAAGUUCGAAUAAAAAUUCAAAAAUUCGAAAAACUAUUGGCAUUGUUUCGUAUGAAGCGUGUCACAAUGUUACUUGCGUUCAGCUCUGCUGUCCUGUUCGUAAUGUCAUGAUGGAAACGGGAAAAUGCGUCGUUAACAAAAGCGGUACUUACUAUCUUCCAAGGUUGAACAAAUAUGAGAAUGGUUCCGAUGACGCACUAUUUUCCCUGACUGUCCACGAUCCAUGCCUUUCACAAGGAUUUGGAAAAAAUCUGCUUCCUCACAAUGAAUACUUAUUUCUGACCGAUGGCUCUUUGUAUCAAGGCCCUGGAAAAUUCAUUUUACCGACUUUUUACUGCUUAAUCAGUUUUAAAGGGGAGAUUUAUGAAGUGUUGGUCUGCAGUAAUCAGAGAGAAUAUCCAGUAUAUGCAUCCGCAUGUCUCCUAGUAUCUUUGCCGUUUCUGCUGCUGACGUUCGUGAUAUAUUCAAUAUUGCCAGAACUCCAAAACAUGCAUGGCUAUACAUUGCGUGCAUACGUUGCCUCAUUAUUUAUUACAUAUGCGAUUAUGUAUUGUGGUCACCAAGUUUCUGAAUUACAAGAAGUUGAUGACAAAAUAUAUUGCAUUACACUAGCAUACAUUUUAAAUUUCUUUUUUUUGUCGACUUUUUUCUGGCUAAAUGUAAUAUGCUUCGACAUUUGGUGGACAUUCAGAGGACUCCGUUCAUAUCGAACAAAUAUAAAGCAAAGGAAGAAGAAGUUUGUGAUAUAUUCAAUCUAUGCAUGGGGAAUUCCCUUGAUCAUUAACAUUAUCUGUGCCAUUAUGGAUUAUGUUGAUGGGAUACCAGAAAAUUGGAUUAGGCCUCAAAUAUGUACAAAGAAAUUUUGGUUUGGUGAGAAUAUGGCAAAAAUGAUAUAUUUUUACACACCCAUGGGUGCUACUAUUAUCAGUAAUAUUUGUUUCUUCAUCGCUACAACAGUAACAAUUAUAUAUCAGAAUAUACGUACGGCCCAUCAAUUGAGAGACUCUGAGAGCAAGCGUCACAACGAAAAUAAGCAAAGGUUUAAAAUGUAUCUGAAGCUGUUCAUAGUGAUGGGAAUAAGCUGGACUAUGGAGAUAAUAGCAUGGUUGAUUAAUUCUGUGCCGUCAUAUGUUUGGUAUCCCACUAAUAUCAUAAAUAGCUUGCAAGGCCUCAUUAUCUUCAUCAUAUUCGUAUGUAAAAAAAAGAUAAAGCAACAGCUGUUAAAACGAUUCAGCGGGCAAAAUUGCGGACCAUUUUGUAAAAUUGCAAUAUAUAAUGAUAGCACGGCGUCAAAUAUUACUGGCACAUCGACAUUGGAAAACCAUACAAUGCCCAUGCAAGAAAUUAAUUACUCUAAUCAACAACCAAAUGUCUUGCACCGUUUUAAUCAUACUCGUAGCACUGAAACGUAAAGGAAAAAUUUGAUUAUAGAUGAAUCCCAGAUAGCACAAAAUAUUUAUAAAAUAUUUACUAAAUAUUUAUAAAAUUUAUUUUAAUAUUUUAUAAACAUUUAUCAAAACAUUUAAUAAAUGUUUUUAUG